AUGUCGCCGUGCCACGCGCCCGUCGUGCCAUGGCCGCGCGCCUGCGCCCUUGCGCUCCUCCUCCUCCUGCACUGCCUGCCGCACGCACCCCCCCUCUCCGUGCGGGCAGCGCAGGGAUGCGCGGAUCAGCUGGAAAAGGCGCCGGCGGCGACGGCGGAGGCGGAGGGGCCGGAGGGUUCGGGCUGCAUGGGGUGGUCGCACGGGGGAUGGGGGGGAGCGUGGGCGGAGGGGGUGCGCGAGACGGCUUCGGAAAGAGGCGGAAAAGGCAACCUGGCGUGGCUGCUCUCAGUGCAGCAGCAACAACCGCAGACAGCUGCCAGCACGGCACCCGUGCGCGCACUUGCGGCGCGCAGCAGCAACCAGCAGUUCCUGACAGCCUUCUCCUCGCUGCACCGCGCGCCCGCGUCCACGCCCACCCGCCACCCCCCGGGAGACGCAUCUCCGGGAUCCGCGCAGCCCCAGCACUCUUACGCCUCCCGCCUCCUCUCCACCCCCCCUACCCACACUCAAUCACCCACUCCACCGCCGCUCUCCGCCUCUGCUGCCGCACCCCCCUCAUCCCAACCCGCUCCGCUUCCCCUUACUUCGCCCACCCACUCACCUUCCACUUCCUCCCCGCCUCUUUCCCCUCCUUCCGCUCCGUCGCCUGCGCAGUCGGACUCCUUCCCCCCCAUAUCCUCCUCCCCCUCUAAAAUCUCCUCCGCCCCUAUCACCUUCCCACACCCCUCCUCCCCGCCAUUAACCCCGUCCGCCCCCAUGAUAUCACCGCAUGUACCACCCCCACACUCCUCCUCCUCGUCCUCCUCCUCCUCCUCCUCCUCCUCCUCCUCCUCCUCCUCCUCCUCCUCCUCCUCCUCCUCCUCCUCCUCCUCCUCUCCCGCCGCCGCCGCCUCCGCCGCAGCGCCACCAUCCACGGCGCCCCGCCUCGCAUCGCCCUCACCGCUCGCCCCAUCGCACCGCGCCCUCUCUGUCCUCGCGGCUCUCGACGUGUCCUCGCCACCGCCCAGCCACGCGCCGUCGCUGUCCGCGGAGCCUCAGUCCGCGCCCGCCGCGCCUCAGGACUCCGCCACCAGCACCACCAACGCCUCCGCCUUUCUGCACUCCAUGCCCUCCCUCACGCCCACCGCCAUCCCCUCACCAUCGCCGCCCCCACCCUCUCCCGAUCCCUCGCCCCCCCCUCCCUCUUCCAACCCUUCACCCCCUCCGCCCUCUCCCCAUCCGUCGCCCCCUCCCACUUUUCCGCCCCCUUCUCAGGUACUGCCGUCCCUCGCCUCGCUGCUCCCUCCCUCUGCGCCCUGCUCCAUGCAUUGCUCUUUCCUGUACUAUACCGCUUGUAGAAGCCUCGUUUCUGCCCUUUUCUGCAACCCAUACCGUCCCCUUUCUUCUCCUGACAUGCGCUCUCCCCCCCGUUCCCCCCCAUACUUGUACUUCCCUGCACCCCAGCCGCCCCCCUCUCCCCCUCCACCAACGCCUGCAGCACCGCCACCAGGUAAGCCGUGCCCCUCCCACCUGCUGCCAUUAGUAAUGCACGAGUCCUGGCUCUCACACCGAGAAGCCAUUUCAGCUGCUCUGCACUCCGCCUCCCACCUUCCACCGCUCCAAACUCAUUGCUCUAUUUCCCAAUUUGCCCCUUUUUCCCCUCUCGUUUUCCCAAUGUCAUUCGCAGCGGCACCACCAUCGCCUCCUCACGACCAGCCUCCGCCAAAUCAACCGCCCCCAGCCCCGUCCCCGCCACCCCCUUCACCAAAUAUCUCGCCCCCAUCACCCUCUCCUCCCCCCCCCUCCCCUCCUCCGCCUUCCCCCAAUCCGCCCUCCCCUCCUCCCCCGCAACUCGAUCCCCCCCCUCCCUCGCCACCACCCCCAUCGCACCCGCCACCAACCCCUCCUGACCAAUCGCCCCCGCCGCCUCCUCCAGACCCUCCUUCCGCCCCACCCCCUGCCACUCCGCCCCCUGAUCUCUCCCCCACUGACGCUCUUCCUCCCAGCUCUCUCCCCCCGGAGUCCUCUCCUCCCCCUCCUCCGCCGGACAGCCCUCCGCCCCCUCCGCCUGUUGAAACCCCCCCGCCUUCCCCAGCAACGCCCCCCUCGUCCCCUCCCCCCGUGGCCCCACACCAAAAGCCGAGUACCUUGGAGGAAGUCACCAACCCCCCGCCACCAGAGCACCCGCCCCCGCCUGCCCCCCCUUCUGACACGCGCCCUCCUCGCGCCCCCCCUGUGCAACCACCCAGUGCCCCGCCCCCUUCCCCCCGUCCCCACCCGCAGCACCAGUCCUCCCCCCCACCGGAUCCCCCACACCAUCCACCCCCCACGUCUCCCCACCACCCUCCCCUCGCCCCCCCUGUCCGCGCCCAACAUGACCGUCCCUCGGAGCUCCCCCCUCUCGUCCACGCGUCUGGGCGCCGUCAUACUCCCUCCCAAGCGCCCCCUGUUCACAGACCGCCAGUGCCACGCCACUCACACUCACAGCCUCCCACAAAAACAUCAAAGGGCAGAACACGUCCCCCCAAGAAAUCGGUUGAGGAUGGAGGGGAGAGCGGGAAGAAACCCGCCAAGAGGCAGUCGCCUCCUAAGGAGAGGCGGACACACAAGCACGCGUCCCCCCCACCUCCGCACAAGAGCAAGUCCAAGCACAAGCACCACCACGCACACCCCCCUGCACCUCCGCCUGCCACUGAGCCUGCGCCCUCGCCUGCCGUGCUGGUGGAUGGUGCCAAUGCUGCCUCCCCCGAUGAUGCGGCCCUGCUGCCGCCCCUGCCUCCCACACCGCCCCUCAUACUACCACCACCACCCCCAGACUCACGCCGCGUCCUUCUCAUCCGAUUCUCAUCUCUGCUCGUCCUGGCCCUCUCGCCCACCUCCCUCCCUUCCCCGUGCGCCCCUCACUGCCCGCCCACUGCCUCCCGUGUGCACGUGGCGCUGCACGGUGCAGACUGCAGGGAGUGUCCGCUGGGCACGGCAGUGAAGCCAGCGAGCGGCCCCACGGACGUGGCCUGUGUGUGCGCCGUGCCCAUGGUGGUGGGGCUGCGCCUAGCCCUGCCCUUUGACGACUUCCUGCACUCUGUACCGCUCUUCGCCCAGCAGCUCAGUGCGGGGCUGCGAGUCACGCCGCAGCAGGUGCAGGUGUGGGGCGUGGAGUACGACCGCCAAGGCACAGGUUUCCUAGACACCACGUCGUACCUGCUGCCCCUGCACGGCACACAGCUGCCCGCCUCCCUCGUGGCGUCCAUCCGCCGGCGCCUGCUGGGCGGGCACGUGUGGCUGGACCCUGCCCUCUUCGGCCGCUUCCAGGUGCUCUUCAUCCUCAACCCCGGCGACCACCUCCCUCCGCCCGCCCUGCACCCCGCCUCCGCGCCCGCUCCCCCUCCCCCGCCCUGGCCUGCCUCGUCGGACGGGUGGGCGCCGCCACAGGUGGGCGGGGGCACGGAGGUGGGGGGCGGAAGCACGGGGCAUUCGAUGGCGGCACUGGAGAUAGCGCUCUUCAUUGUGGCGCCCUGCCUGCUGCUGCUCCUCAUGCUCGCCUCCUGCCUCGCCUGGCUCCUCCUCUACCGCCGCCGCCAACACCGCUCCGCCGCUGUUGCCGAUGCCGCCACUGCUGCUGCUGCUGCCGCCUCUGCAGGUGCACCGAUGGCAGCAGACGUGGCGGACAAAGAUGCUGGGCUUCCUGUGGAAAAGGGCCUGGAGAGCAUCGCGCCAUCCCAAGCGUGGCCAUCAUCGGCUGCCUUCUGCUCGCCCUCGCCCGACGCCCAUGCGGCCCUGCCGUCGUCAUCACUGCCAAGCGAGGUAGCGGGGCUGGGUGUGAGCCUGGGGUUUGCGGGCACGGGCACGGGCCUCAACGCCUCCUCACUCGCCCUGUGCGGACUGGCCACGGCACCAGCGGGCGCGGUGGUGUUCUCACUGCUGCAGCUGCGCCGUGCCACGAACGACUUCCAUGCGGACAACCUGCUGGGGCAGGGCGGCUUCAGCCGUGUGUACCGUGGCGAGCUGGCGGACGACACCCUCGUCGCCGUCAAGCUGCUGCACUCCCCCGAGGCGCAUGGGGACGCGGGGGAGGGGGGUGCGGGGUCGGUGGAGGAGCAGGAGAGGGAGAGAGCAGACGCGGAGUUCAUGAGGGAGGCGCAGGUGCUGAGCUGCCUGCACCACCGCAACCUCGUCAAGCUGCUCGGUAUCUGUGCGGAGGGCGGGCGGCGCUGCCUGGUGUACCAGCUGGCGGGGAACGGCAGCCUGGCGUCGCACCUGCACGGGGUCAUGCGCGAGGUGGUGGGUGUGAUGGAGUGGGAGCGCCGCAUGAAGGUGGCGCUGGGUGUGGCGCGCGCGCUCUCGUACCUGCACGACGACGCGAGCCCGCGUGUGGUGCACCGCGAUGUGAAGAGUGCCAAUGUGCUGCUGGACCUGGACUUCUCCCCCCUGCUCUCCGACCUCGGCCUCGCCAAGACCAUGCCCCACGCUGCCACCCCCGCACUGGCGGAGCAGGGAGCGGUGGGAGGAGGGGAACAGGCGUCCAGGAUGAUGGGCUCCGUGGGCUACGUGGCACCAGAGGUGGCGCUGACGGGGCAGGUGUUGGUGCGCAGUGACGUGUACAGCUUCGGUGUGGUGCUGCUGGAGCUGCUGGCAGGCCGCAAGCCCAUCGACCACUCGCUGCCCCCGCCCCGGCACAGCCUUGUGCAGUGGGCCUCGCCGCUGCUGCUCAGCAGUGCAGGGGUGAAGCAGGUGGUGGACCCGGCGCUCAAGGGGCGCUAUCCUCUGGAGGCGGCCAUGCGUGUGGCGGGCAUUGCCAGCAUGUGCCUGCAGCAACUCCCUGACAACCGCCCCUUCAUGACCCAAGUCGUUCAGGCGCUGAAGCUAGUGUACAGGGAGGGCAGUGAGGGCAGUGAGAGUGACGACGACGAUGACGACGAGUCCUUCGCACAGCCCUCUCACGCCUCCCACCGCACACCUGUGCCCGCAUCCGCUACCGCCACCAGUGCAGCCAGCGCUGGCAUUGGCAGUGAGAGCGGGCGGGUGAGUGAGAGCGAUGUGACGAGCAUGGGCAUGGAUGCGGGCAUGGACGCCAGUGACAGCGCCAUGGGCAGCGCGGGCAUGGCUCUCUCCCCCUCAGACAGGGGCCUCAUGCCCAGGCUGCUUUGCAUGCACGUGCACGAUCUCGACUACAGUGGGGACAUGGGGCUGCUGUCACAGGGUGAAGGGGAGCCCAGCGCAGUGCAGUCCCUCGCAGGCACAUCUCCCCGCACCACCUACUCUCACCUCAGGCAAGGCACGGCCGUCAAUGGGAACCCACGCUCGCCUCGCUAUCCCCCGCACACAUCGCUGGGCGCCGUCCCACGCGUGCAGAUCUCAUCGCCAGUAGACCUGCCCGCCACACCUGCCUCCACUCACCCGUCCGCUCCUCCCCCGUUCCUUCACGCCAUGGCUGCCGGCCGCUCGUGGACCCACUGCCGCCUCGCGGGGCUCGUGUUGCUCGCCGUGUGCUGCCACGUGCACCGCGCCGUCGCCUUGGCGCCGCUGGGCCGCGCGGAGCAGUCGGAGAUGCGCGAGACAGCGCGCACCAUGUGCGCUCCCUAG